CGUACGUGGGACGGAGGACAUUCACAUCGGUUUUAUGCACGAUGAACAAUAGAUCGUUGCAGAGGUUAUCUAAUGAAAUUAAGUACCCAUUUUACAACCAUUCAACGACAACCUCAUCAAAUGGAAAUACAAAUAAAAUGAACAUUGGAUUGACUAAAGACUCGGAAGAGAACUCAGUGUUCGAUGAAUCAUUGGUAAUCUCUGAAAAUUCGAGUAGUUCAUCAACAACGAUUUCAAUAUUAGAUACCCUAAAAGACAUUUUUGAGGAAAGGAUGAACUCAGGUCAAUCGAUUGUAAUUAGGACUACGAUCAACUCUUACGAAACAAAUUCAUUUGAAAAGACUGAAUCGUCUACUAUAUUAAAAAAUGAAUUUUUUGUAAUUAAGUCAUUGAUAAGCACUGUUACUUCAAUAAAUGUUGAGGCAUCAACAGACGAAUUGAUGUCCAACAUUACGACUGUUGAUCAUUUAGAAUAUACAAUUAACUUACUCUUUGAAAUGGUGUUUUCCAAGCCUGAAUCAAUUGCAGUUUAUUUAUUUAUUUGUUCUAAAAUGCAAAAUAUUAAGAUAAGAUACGAUAGAAGGUCCAGGACUGCCUCUUUUAAAAGACAAUUGUUGAAUAAAUGCAACGAUCUAUUACACUCAGAAAUGAUGGAAAGGAAAAUUAAUUCUAAAGGAUUUUACACAUUCAUUGGCAUGUUAUAUAUGAAGAAUAUGUUACCAUCCCGAAUUAUAGUUGACUAUAUAAACUGGUCGCUUGGUAAGAAAUCAGACGAAUACGUAGUUAAUAUUUGCUAUUUCUUAAUAGUUGUUGGCAAAAAAUUAGAACAAUCGCAUAGUCUCAUAGAAAUAAUGAAGAAGCUCAAUCUGCAGUCUAUUUCGUCACAGUGGAACAGUGCUAUCAAUGAAGUCACCGAUUUGCGGGCUAACAAAUGGAUUCCGCUAAAACGUCACGAAUUUAAAGAGCAAAAAUAG